GCGAUGUCCGCUCUGUCCUUGUUUUCUGCUGGCUCGAAUGCUCGCGGACAGCUUGCGACAGGAAAUCUCGAGGAUGCCUACCAAUUCAGGCCUUGCAUAUUCUCUGGGGUCGCGUCAGGAGACCCGCCGCCAGGGACAGUGGCUAUCGAAGACAUCUCAUGCGGCGCGAAUCAUACACUUGUUCUGCUGCUUCGGAGCGACGGAAAGACAGAGCUUUGGGGCUGUGGUGAUGGGAGUAGAGGUCAGCUGGGGCCAUCAUACGUCGCGGCCGUGGAAGGGGCGGGCGGAGAAACGGCAAACGCGACGGCGGUCUUCAGAUUGCUUGAGCUCAACUUACAUGCCCUCAAAUCCCGCGAAGAGGAGCCUCUCCAUGAAUAUACGGCCGGGACGACGUACUCCUCUCCAUGGGUGCAGACGACUUCGGGAACCUCGGUGUAGGUGGAACGCGUUCUCAGACAUUUCAGGGCGACACGAGACCACCCAUCAAUAUUGUCCCACUGCGUGGUCCUAUACAGGCCGAAGAUGCGGAGACUACUUUGACGGUGCUUGAACUAUCCACCGGACCACAUCAUACAAUCGCGCGCUUUCUGCUAGCUUCCCCCGACGGAUCUACUGAGACGUAUGUUGUAGGCUGGGGAACCGCUCGGCAUGGCCAACUAGGACUCAUGUCCGACGACGCCGGCCGUCCUCUCCCGUUCACGCCGCACCCAGUCCUCGUACCCAUAUCUUCCUCGGGGCACAUAACCCAGCUUGCUUUGGGAAACCAACACACAGUCUGCCUCCUCUCGUCCGCAACCCUCCUCGCACUCGGUUCCGACCGAAAGGGACAACUCAGCGGACUUAAUGAUCUCUGCGAGGUCGAACACAUCGGGUGUACGUGGAACGGGACAUACGCGCUCCUCGGCUCAGGCGAGGUCGUCGCGACCGGGAGCAAUUCGCAUUCGCAGUUGGGACGCGGAACAGGCGGCCAAGGGCUCGAGGAGACGAUUGGUCCCGUAGCCUUCCCAUUUGGAUCCGAUGCUGGGCGAGUCGUGCAGAUGGCUUGCGGGAGCGAGCAUGUACUGUGCGUCGUGGAGCGUGUUGGGAACGCGGAGGCGGUUCCGCGAAGAGAGGUGUGGGGCUGGGGCUGGAAUGAACAUGGAAACCUGGGCACCGGCGGGACGGAAGAUGUGGACACCCCCGUGAAGAUCUGGCCGCGGUACGGGGACGAGCAAGGAUGGGUGGCGAACGUAUGGGCUGGAUGUGGGACGAGCUGGAUAUUAGUGCAGCGGUGAUACGCCGCCGCGCUGACCGAGCACCCUCGCUUUAUGAACAGGCAGGAGCGUUCAGACCUCGCCUUUCAAGCGACCCAUGAGAUGUUGUCCGGUCAACGCUAUAGCGUCCUCGAUUCGUGAAUACUAACAAACUGAAGAUACUAUGUACAAUAUCAGCGACCUUGAAAGCAGGCGACAUUCCUACGACGAAGUCCAUG